CCUGAGCAUGCAUUCAUGUCUAUACAUUGCUGAUUUUUUUUUCCCUCUCCCUAUUGUUGGUUUUAGAUGCCUAUGGAGCAAUAGAAUAGAAGAUCAAUUCUGCAUUUUUCUCUUCUGUUCUGUAACAUAUUAUGUUCAAUUUAAUGGGUUUCUUGUGAUAUUUCAUACAUGAAAAUUUUGUUUUUGGGUUAUUGCUGCUGUUAUGGGUUGUUUUAACCCGCUCUGGAUUUUCUCAUACUCUUCGUUUUCUUUGAAAUUUGAUUUGAUACCAAGUUUUUAUAUUGGCAGCAAUGGUUCCCUGGACACUGCCAGAGAAGAUCAAGAAAAUGAGGAUAUUCCUGUUGCAGGCAGAACAAUAAAACGACAUGGGUUCUCUGACACUUUUUCAUCUAAUGACUUUGUAUCAGAAUUGAGAACUUUGAAAGCAGAGGAGGAGGAGGAGGAGGAGGAGGAUGAUGAUGUAAAAUCCUCUCCGAGAGGAGGUCCAGAAGACUGCUCAAUUAGCUUAGAAUCUGAGACACUUUCCAAGGAUAGCACUUCAAAUAGCUUAGAAUCUGAAACAGCUUCCAGGGCCAGCACUUCAGGCUCAGAAGGCCAACUAAAUCCAUUAGUUGCUACUCAUUGGCGCGACUUCUUUCGUGGACUGAAGAAGGGAGCAGCAAGACGCAUUCAAACCUUCCCUCCUCCUAAAAAACAUGGCCCCAGGCUCACCAGAAGUAAAACCAAAAGAAUUAGGGAGGAAUUGAUUCCAGUUAUAAGUUCUCCUCUGGAUACUGAUCUCUACUGUCUGAAAUCUUCUUGGAAGAACUUUACACUCUCAGAAAUCAAAACUGCAACCAACAAUUUCAGUCAUGAAAAUUUGAUUGGAGAAGGAGGCUACGCUGAAGUUUACAAGGGACAAUUAAAAGAUGGGCAGCUUGUUGCGAUAAAAAGGCUGACCAGAGGUUCCCCAGAAGAGAUGACUGUUGAUUUCUUAUCGGAGCUUGGGAUGAUGGUUCAUGUUGACCAUCCCAAUAUUGCUAAAGUGAUUGGCUAUGGGGUUGAAGGAGGGAUGCAUCUUGUGCUUCAGUUGUCUGCUCAUGGGAGCCUUGCAUCCAUACUUUACGGCCCAAAGGAAAAACUGGACUGGGGAAUGAGGUACAAAAUUGCUACAGGAACUGCUGACGGCCUUCAAUAUCUGCACGAAGGCUGCCAAAGGAGAAUUAUCCACAAGGAUAUCAAGGCUUCUAAUAUAUUGCUUUCCGAGGAAUUUGAUCCUCAAAUUUCUGAUUUUGGUCUUGCAAAGUGGUUACCGGAGCACUGGACUCAUCACACUGUAUCCAAAGUUGAAGGGACAUUUGGUUACCUUCCUCCUGAGUUCUUCAUGCAUGGCAUAGUGGACGAAAAGACAGAUGUUUAUGCUUAUGGGGUAUUACUAUUAGAGCUUAUUACUGGAAAGCAAGCAAUAGAUAGUUCUCAGCAAAGCCUAGUGUUGUGGGCGAAACCUCUGCUUAUGAAGAACAGUAUCAAGAAGCUUGUCGACCCAACUCUUGUAGAUGCCUAUGAUAAGGAACAGAUGGAAGUUUUGACCUUUUUAGCUUCUUCCUGUAUACAUCAAUCGUCAAUGCAACGACCUCAAAUGAACCAGAUUGUAGAGAUUCUAAAAGGAAAUAAAGAUGCUUUGGAAGAGAUAAAAGAGCUCCAGAAGUCUAUACACCAAAGGACAUACUCCGAGGAGCUCUUUGAUGCAGACGAAUACAACUCAACAAAGUAUCUAAACGAUAUGAAUAAACACAUGGAGAUUGUUUUGGGCCAAUGUGAUAGUCCCAAGAUUGCAGAAGAACUGUAGAUCCCAAACUGAAAGUUAAAACCAUGUAAUAUUCCAUGUAUCUGGGUUCCUGAUCUUGCUCCCACAAGCGAAACAUUGAGCUAAAUCUCACUAAGAUGGAGCCAAUACCACAGGACUAGAACAGUUUUGAAGAGGCUAAAACUGUGUAUUAAAAGAGCAGAAAGAACAAUGCACUGCGGACAGACCAAUUGAUGCAGAAGCAAUUUGGACAGUAUAGGAUAUUUGUUUUGCUAUGAAGUUGAGUAUAAAAGCAUAAUCUUGUAAUAGACAUUUUUAUUUUCCAUUUUCAAUCUAUGUGAAGAAAUCCAGGAUAUAUCUUUUCUUUCA